CUCAGGAGCAAUUGCAUUCAAUUUGAAGCGUAGAAGAAGCCGAAAGGACAAAACCUGUACGGGGAGGUCGUUGGGUCUCUCGGAGCCGGUUUGCAGCUAAGCGGAGGCGCCAUCUUAAGACGCAUUGAAGGCAGCUCCGCGGACGGACAGGACCCCACCACCAUGUAUCCCUCAACUUUGACGCAGCUCGCCCGGGCCAAUCCAUUCAGUGCCCCGCUGUUCACGCUCCAGAAAGUGGAGGAACCACAGCAGAGUCUUCACGUGCAGAGGACACGCAGACUGGCAGCAGCCGCCACGGCAGACGAGGAGUUUAGCUGCGCGUUUGGCUCCUCAAAGUACUAUGCCCUGUGUGGCUUUGGGGGUAUCCUGAGCUGCGGCCUGACACACACAGCAGUAGUACCCCUCGAUCUUGUCAAGUGUCGUCUGCAGGUCGACCCAGACAAGUACAAGAGCAUUGGCAAUGGGUUUUCUGUGACCGUGAGGGAGGAUGGUGUCAGAGGCUUGGCGAAGGGCUGGGCACCCACCUUCAUCGGCUACUCGAUGCAGGGACUCUGCAAGUUUGGCUUCUAUGAAGUGUUUAAGAUCUUUUACAGUGACCUGCUUGGAGAGGAAAACACCUACAUGUGGAGAACAUCACUGUACCUUGCUGCCUCAGCCAGUGCAGAGUUCUUCGCCGACAUUGCUCUGGCUCCUAUGGAGGCUGUCAAAGUGCGUAUCCAGACCCAGCCAGGCUACGCCAACAACCUUAGGGAGUGUGUCCCCAAGAUGUACGCAGAGGAGGGUCUCUGGGCUUUCUACAAGGGUGUGGUACCUCUGUGGAUGAGACAGAUCCCUUAUACCAUGAUGAAAUUUGCCUGCUUUGAGCGCACAGUGGAGUUGCUCUACAAGUAUGUUGUCCCCAAGCCCCGCAGCGAGUGCAGCAAAUCUGAGCAACUGGUGGUCACCUUUGUGGCUGGUUACAUUGCUGGUGUGUUUUGCGCAAUUGUGUCGCACCCUGCUGAUUCUGUGGUGUCUGUGCUGAACAAGGAGAAGGGAAGCACUGCGGUCCAGGUCCUCAAGAGGCUAGGACCCAAAGGUGUGUGGAAGGGCUUGAUUGCCCGUAUAAUUAUGAUCGGUACCCUGACGGCUCUGCAGUGGUUCAUCUAUGAUUCGGUUAAGGUGUACUUCCGUCUGCCACGCCCACCCCCCCCUGAGAUGCCCGAGUCCCUGAAGAAGAAGCUUGGCGUGGAGUAGCAACCCCACCACCACUCCCCCCACUAGGUGGCAAUUGUCACAUGACAACUGGUUUCCCAACUUCCAUUCAGUGCACACUGCAGUUUUCUAUAUUUAUGCCCCCAGUCCAGCUGUAUCAAUCAAUGUGGGCAAUAACUACUCAUGUAUAUUUAACAUGCAAAAUCAAGUGAUAAAGGAGCUGGUGUUGUCUGUCUUUGCUCACCAAGAGAUGGGCAAAGAGUAUUCCCUUGGUGUGCAACACUUAUGAUUUUAUUCUGUUCCUGUGAUUUGAAAAUGGAAAUUAAAAACAAUUCCUUGGGAAAGUUUCUUAUUUUUAAACUUUAUCUGCUUCUAUAGAAUUGUAAUGGAGCAAUGUUUGCUUACUAAAGUGUAAACUAUUACAUGUUACCCCCAUAAUGUGCUUGGGUGCAGGUGUUAAGAGUUCGUAGAUUGCGAUUGCAGUAAACGUUAUGUAGAGUAUUGCUCAUUGAAUAUGAAAUAUAAUAACUGAAUAAUACAAACCCCAAUUCCAAUGAAGUUGGGAUGUGUAAAAUGUAAAUAAAAAGAAUGACUUUCAAAUGCUUUUCAACCUAUAUUCAAUGCACUCCAAUGUUCAAAGAGAAGCUGGUGGUGUUUUGGGUGUUAUAUGGCUUUUGCUUUUCAUGGUAGAGUUUUAACAUGCAUUUGUAGAUUUAGUGAUGAACCGUGUUAGGCCUGGUACACAAGGAUUUUCACCACACAUCAAGACUGUUCCACCACUAAUUUCGUGUGAUCACAGAUGAUCUCACAAAACCGAAAAAGAAGAAACACUUCUGGAUAUAUGCCGAUGUUUUCCGAGUGUUCCCAAAGGUUACUGGAGCUGUGAGCCUUGUAAAAAAAGGGGUUGUCAUAAAAAAAAAAAAAAAACUUGCUUUGGAAAAUAUUUCUUGCUGUCUGGGGAACCCACUUUUAUACAAAAAAAGGACAUAGUGUAAGAUGUUUUUUAUUUAUAGUCUUUGCCUUUUGUUAAGUAGCUUCUGCAUUGACUAUAUUGUGUUCCACGUCACAAGUCACCGUGUCAUGACUCGGGAGAAGUCUGCUCUCCCGCACCCACGUGAAGAUUUUUGGUUGUAAAUUUUGAAGACGUUCAUUUUUUUAAGACUGUAGGCCCCGAGCUGUUUGAUAGUUCACUCACAGACUUUCCCCCAAAGUGUUGGGCUUUUCUUUCAGAAAUGUGGCAAUGUACAAUAAAAUGUGCAAAACA